AUGCAGCAACACCAUUCCCCUGAGACCACGUUGGUCAAGGAUGAUGAACUUGCGUUGCAGAAUCGAAGAGAGCGAGGGAGACGGGCUCAGCGGGAGUUUCGCCAGAGGCAAAUUGAAACCAUCAACGAGCUCCAGGCCAGCAAUGCCGCCAUGCAGGCCGCCAUCGCCUCUAUAGCACGCGCCGCGACUCAGUUGGACAGUGCUGAAUUGAAUGCAGCCGUGCGAGACGCCUGUCGGGUGGCUGGGCUUGAAACAUCCAAAGAUUCAGACUCGCCCUAUCAAGGUCGCGCAACUUUGUCUGAGAAUAAUGAGCGCCCGGUACAGAAAUUAUCAGAGAUAGCAGGCGCUACAGUGAUCCCAUGGGCACAGGAGCCGGACGCAACUAUUGCUCAGAGCCAGUCUCCUACAUUACAGAGCAGAGCUCCUAACAUAAGUGGGCUUGGCGUUGAGAAAUCCCACUAUCCUUCGGGAAGAGUGUCGCCAACGCUUGGCUACGGUGCCUGGUUUGGCCCCCAGACAUCAAUAUCCAUCGUGUACCCUCCAAUGGAUAUUAUUCCAUAUUUACAAGACGGCUCGUCACUCGCAAGCACCAUAUUCUGGACCAUCCUAUCUUGGGGCUUCCAGGUAAUGGGAGCCGCCCUCGGCGGGAAUGUCGAUGCUGUGGCGAUGACUCAGAAGGUAUUCGGUGCCAUCAUACCCAUCAGUCCCGGCCGCGACAUCCUCAACGGCAUCCACGCCCGCCUGACAUACCGCAAGACAGGAACAAUCGACCGAGACCAUCCUGGUAACAAGCCGAAGCAGGCCCCCGGGAUGCUUGCAGCUCAGGCCAAAUCGUGCGAAGAAAACGGAACCCCGUUGGAGACUUUCCUAACCCCUAUUGAUUUGGAAAAUGUUUUGAGAAGCAAGCUAGGUCCCGCUUACGACGUGAUCGAUCGAAGUUUGCGCGGCUUUGGCUCGUCAGAAGAGAUAGCCCACCUUCGCAGGCUCGUCCAGAUGAUGACUAUGAGUAGCAUAUGUCUCGGAGGCGCGCCGCGGUGGUCAGCUGAGGAGGCAGAGAAUGCGUUAGAGUAUUGGAAUCGAGGUGUUGGUUCAUAUAUGUCUUGCUGA